AUGGGCUUCUCCAAGCCGGGCAAGUCCAUGGGGGCUUCGCUCACCAACAAGACGUCCAACAAGCUCAAGCGCAAGGAGCUCUAUGUUUUGCAGAAGAAGGAGAAGGACAAGACGCAGCGCGAGAUGCGCUUCCGCCGGAAGAAGGAGGAGGACAAGGACCCGGAGCUGCGGGCCGCGCGCCUCGCCAAGAACAAGCCCAAGACGCUCGACAGCAAGCGCGUGUGGGACGACGUCGACGACGACGCCCUGGGGAACGUGUUCCCCUCCCUCUUCACCGAGGACGCGCCCCCGCCGCCCAAGAUCCUCAUCACCACCUCGCUUAACUCGACGCUUCACUACGAGGCCAACAUCUUCCGCACCGUCUUCCCCAACUCCACCUACGUGCCGCGCUCCGCCCACCGCUACGGCCACAAGUACUCCCUCCGCGAGAUCUCAAAGUUCGCCUCGAACCGCGACUACACCGCAGUCGUCCUGCUCAAGGAGGACCAGAAGAAGCUGACGGGCAUGUCCAUCGUCCACCUCCCCACCGGCCCAACCUUUACCUUCUCCAUCACCAACUUCAUGGAGGGCAAGAAGCUCCCCGGCCACGGCAACCCCACGAACCACUACCCGGAGCUCCUCCUCAACAACUUCAAGACGCCCCUGGGCCUGCUGACAGCCGCCCUCUUCCAGCGCUUGUUCCCGCCGCAGCCCGAGCUCGAGGGCCGCCAGGUGCUGACCGUGCACAACCAGCGCGACUACCUCUUCUUCCGACGCCACCGCUACGUUUUCCGCGAGAAGCGUGAAACGGAGAAGAACAUCACCACGGCCGAGGGCGCCGAGAUGAAGGGCGUCGAGGGCAUCCGCGUCGGCCUGCAGGAGGUUGGCCCCCGCUUCACAGCCAAGCUGAGGAGGGUCGACAAGGGCAUCGGCCGCGCCGGCAGCGAAGGCGAGGACUCGCAGCCCUGGGAGUGGAAGGCCAAGAUGGAGAAAGACAGGAAGCGGUUCAACCUGUAA